UUAAAUAAACUAUUCGAACACGCAAAUCUCAUUUCAAACUUAUAAUUCAUUGUUUUCUCUGAUAAUUUGAAUUCAUUGCCAUGGCAAUCUUUAGAAUUCUUCUACUUUUGUGCAUACUUUCACUAGCUUUCGGCGAAAAACAUUUGGACACAGAUCCUCACUUACUUUCAAGGCCUAUGAUGAUCGAGCUUCCCGAAAACUUGGAACUGCGAAGCGAUGAUUCGAUAGAAGAAAUUCGAUUAAGAUGUAUGAGAUGGAGAGUCGGGGUUGAGGCGAAGGAUGUGAGUCCAUGGACGACGAUUCCAGCUGAGUGUGUUGAUUACGUGAAGGAAUAUAUGUUGGGUGGAUCGUAUGAGAUAGAUCUAGAAAUGGUGUCGAAUGAAGCAGCAGAAUUCGCUAAGAGUGUUGAGUUGAAAGGUGAUGGAAUGGAUGCUUGGGUGUUUGAUGUUGAUGAAACUUUGCUUUCGAAUCUAGCGUACUACUCUCAGCAUGGUUACGGGUCAGAGAUUUUCGAUCAUGUUCAAUUUGACAGUUGGGUUCUUGAAGGAAUGGCACAAGCAAUCAAACCUAGUUUGAAGCUUUACGAAGAGGUUUCGAAGUUAGGAUUUAAGAUGUUUUUGUUAACGGGGCGAGCUGAGAACAAAAGGAGUAUUACCAUAAACAAUUUGACUAAGGUCGGAUUUGAGAAUUGGGAUCGACUCAUUUUGAGGGGAGCUGGUGAUGAUGGAAAAACUGCGGUAGCAUUCAAAUCGGACAAAAGAAAACAAAUUGUGGAAGAGGGAUUUAGAAUCAUAGGAAAUUUGGGUGAUCAGUGGAGUGAUCUAAUAGGUUCAUAUGUGUCUAUUAGAUCAUUCAAGCUUUCAAACCCUAUGUAUUUUAUUUCUUGAUUGUUAGGAAUUUUUUUUACCAUUACGGUUGUUUGUUUUAUGGUUAGUUGUGUGAUUACUAUUGUAAUGCUGAUGUUGAGAUCUCAUAUGAAAGUGUAAAUUUGUUGGUUGUCA